CCUCCCGCCUUUUUCGGGCGUCACAGAGCCAAGCCAGUCCGCCAGCAUAAGUGCCUGAGGUUUCUUUCAUCAGCCAGCGUGUUUGGUGGAUGUGAGUGAGCCGAUGAGAUAGUUGAGUCAAUCAAUGAGUGAGGCGGAUGAGGGCGGCUGGCUGGAAGUCAAGACCCGCCGCAACAAGAAGAAGCGAAACAAGACCAAGCAGGACAAGCACAGCCAUGCGCACAUCAAAGCCAGCCAGCGCGACGCAUCCCUCUCUUACUCAGUCUCACCAUCGGAGGGCGAGCACAAGCACAGGCAGCAGCGAGGCGGCAGGAGAGAUAAUGAGGAGCGCGAUGAAGACGACUCGGUGGAAUGGGAAUUCGACCUCAAGAUCGAAGAGGAAGAGGAAGAGGAGCAGGAGAAAGGUAGGUGGCCGUGACAGUGCACGCAGAUGUGUGUGUGUGUUGUAUGGUCUUGCUUGUGUGUCUGUCGUGUGUGUGUGUGUGUGUGUGUGUGUGUCGCGUAGAUCAAGAGCCUGUCAUGACGCCGGCUCAGCUGAGGGAGUGCAGGCAGAUCCAGCAGAACGAACUGGAGGCACUCAACUCUAUAGUGAGUGAGGCAGAUGGCAAUCACACUGUCACCCACCACACUGUCACUAUCACUGUGCCCUUCUGCCUGCUGUGUGACUGCGUGUGUGUCAGUUUAUGGACGAUAUCAAGCUGCAAGAAGCCGGGUGAUGAGCUGAGUGAAUGAAGCGCACAAGUGUCUGCAGCAGACGCACGCAAUCUCUGUGUGUGUGUGGGUCCCCCCAGUCUCCUGGGUCGCCCAACGCAUGACGAUGAAGAGGACGACGACCUCAUCUGCUUCGAGGACGAAUCCAACCCGCCCUCCAUCCCGUCGGCGCCCUCCUCGCCCACUGACAGCACAUCGCUCAACGUCAAGUACACCGUCAGAUGCCGCCCGCAGCACUCCAGCAGCAUUGGGCGCAAUGAGGAGGUCUUCGCCGACAUCAUUGUCACGUACACACCCAGGUACGUGAUGGUGUGAUGGAUCGAUCAUUGUACACGUGUGUGUGUGUGUGUGUGUGCAGCUACCCGUUGGUUGCUCCUCGGUUGGAAGUGGGUGCUGUGGGAGGCAUCAGCAAGGAGGGGGAGGACCAGCUCAAGAAGGCACUCGAACAGUGGAUCAAGCACUGGUGAGUGCAGGCAAACACACCACAUCCACAUCUGUAUGCCAUGCGUCCAUGUGUGUCUGUGAGAUGCAUAUGCUAUGCUGCAUGCAGGCGUGGUCAUGAGUGCAUCUACGACAUCACGCUGGGUGCGAGCGAGCUGCUCGACAAGUUCCAGGCACCCACCCCUGCACCCCUGUGGGACGAGGUGAGCACCCAGCCACAAGUGAACGCGGGUGUCCAUUUCCAUCUAUCCAUCCAUCCAUCCGUCAUUUUGUGUGUGGUCGGCUGUGUGUGGUUGCGUGCAGAUGCAGGCGCGUGUCGAGUUGAAGCAGCAACGGCGACAAGAGGAGCAAGAGGCGCAGCAGAAGGGGUACGCACACACACCUGUCACACCCACCACCACUGUGUCUGUUGGUGACCCCGCCGUUCAGUGCGCAAGACGACGAGAUCGAGAUGCAUGCCCUCAAAGGCCAGAAACUUGAAGAGGUCAGAGCUUCCACACACAGGCACAGGCACAGGCACAGGCACAGGCACACAACGCACAAUCCCUCCCCCUCCGUCUCUUUCUUGUGUGUGUGUGUGUAGGAGGUGCUUCGUUAUCACGCCAAGGUGCAGGCGCAGCGGGCGAGGGCGCACUCGAUGUCGGGCUCAUCCCCCAGUGACAGCGCCGCCACGAGUGACUUCGAGGAGUACUCCGACACGGCAGAGGGCCCAUCGCCGCAGCAAAACAGACACGCACAUGCAUCCGACCCUCACACACCACGUAAGCAGCCACGCAUCCCCAAGACAUCCAUCCAUCCAUCCACGUGUGUGUUGGUGUGUGGGUCCACGGUCAGACAAGCGCCACACGCCCCAGCACGCGCCCCAGCAGCCCUUCAGCGAGGGCGAGAGAGACGACAAGAGCGACCACGAGUGGGUGGGCGAAGACGAAGACCACGACGACCAAAUGGAGACAUUCGAACUACAAGUAAGCAUCUUGGAGGGUGGAACGCGUGCUGCAUCCAUUCACUCAAACGCGCCGCGCAUCGCAAUGUGCGCGUGGAUGUGCGUGUGUUUGCAGGCGCCUGAGUGGUCCACAUGGAACCGGCCGGGGCGGCGUGUGCGUGCCACGUCUGAGGGCGCCGAUGGGCUGCUGUCGCAAAUUCCACCGCCAUCGCCACACGCGGUGCAGAGCCCUCGGUCAGCAAGCAUAUCCCCGUCUGUCCGCAUGCGCCUAUGUUAUGUGUGUUGUGGGUGAUUGUGUCGUGUCAGGGGGUCACCACUGCCGCCGUCAGGGCUGCUCAAGUCACAGAAGGCUGUAAGCACAGGAGCAGACACACACAGGCGCAUCCAUGGAGGCGUAUGCGCGUGUGUUGUGUUCGUGUGCGCAGCGUCCUCACGGCCACCACCACGCGCAGUUCGCGCCACUCCCGCCUCCCCAGAUCACAAUUGAGGGCGACGAAAAGAAACCUGGCAGGGAACAGAAGGUAGGUACCCAAUCCACUCACUGCACUGACGCGAAGGCGCAUCCACGGGGGCGUCUCUCCCUAUGUCUGUCUGUGUGCAGAUGGUUGUGCGUGGCGAGCGGCCUGUCCCCCCGCCUUCGGCGGCCCAGAACCAUGCGGCCGUGUACAGCAGAUACAGGAGCGACUUUGAGGAACUCAGGUGCGCACACAGACACACACAUGCUCACAGACAUCGACACACAUCCGUCCGUGUGUGUGUUGGUGUGGAUCAUUCGGUCAGGGUGCUGGGCACAGGCGCAUUCGGGUAAGCGCAAAUAUAUUAAGGAAACAAAGACACACACCUGUACUGUGCGCCCGCAAAUGCGUCACGUGUUCGUGUUUGUGUGCUUGUGUGUGUAGGGUUGUGACCAAGGUGCGUCACCGCAUCGACCGCCGCGCCUACGCCGUCAAGCGCAUCCAGCUGUCACCACACGACGAAGAGCUCAACAGGAGGACUCUACAGGUACUCACUCAACCACACACUGAGGGGGCCUAUUGGUGAUGCAGUCAUGUCGGUGUCCUAUGUGCGUGUGUGUAUGUGUGUGUGUGUGUGUGUGUGUGCAGGAGGCUGCGUUGCUGCCUCGUCUGCAGCAUGUCUAUGUGGUCCGGUACUACGCGGCUUGGCUGGAGAGCAGCACAUCGCCGGGAGACAAGCUGCCACCGGUUCGUUCGGGAGCCAGCGCCACACCACACGACACCCUUGAAUGAUGGAUGUGUCUUCAAUGUGUGGCUGCCUGUUCGUGUGUGCAGGGUGUGUCCACCCUGGGUGUCGGGGUGGCCGACUGGAUUUCCAGCGAGUCGCCAUCAAUGCUCGGAAGGUGCGCCUGCCUGCCUGCCUGCCUGUACCCUCCCCAUCUGCCGACAUUAGCGUGCCUGUGUGUGUGUGUGUGUGUGUGUAGGGGUCCACAUGACGACAAGGGGAAGGGUGUUGGCGACAAGAAGGGCAUCGGUGGUCGGGAAGGGGAGGGCGGUGGCAAGGGCGGCAAGGAGGGGAACGCCGCAGCGGCCAUGGAGAGCAAGACGUACCUCUACAUCCAAAUGGAAUUCUGGUGGGCUCUUCUAGCACAAAGAGGCAUACCUCGAUGCACCCAAAUGGAUGGAUGGAUGGAUGGAUUGUCUCAGUGGGGGCCGCACGCUGAGGGAGGCGAUAGACUCAGGGCAGAUGGCCAAGGAUCGCGACCUCUGCUGGCAGAUCUUCAGACAGGUGCCUACUGAUGUUUGUGCUAUGGAGAUGCACACACUCAGACAGACACUCGGACACACACACAGACGGUUGUCUUGUCCGUUGGUGUCUGUCGAGGACAGCUGCUCGAAGCCCUGCUGCACAUCCACCACAGAGGGAUGAUCCACAGAGACCUCAAGGUGGCUGACCAGCACGGACAGCCACAUCACAUCCAUCCGGUGUGUGUCAAUGUGUGUGUGUGUGUGUGUGUGUGCGCGUGUAUGCAUAUGUGCAGCCGUCCAACAUCUUUCUGGACAAGAGCAACAACGUCAAGGUCGGCGACUUCGGGCUCUCUGUCCUUCUCACGCAAACAAACGUCCAGGCAAGUCCCCCCCGCCACUCGCACACAGAGAGAGAGAGAGAUCGACACACACGCUCGAUGGCCAAUUCGUGUGUGUGUGUGGUGCGUGCGUGGUAUUCAGCAGACGCCUUCAAGGUCCAACAGCCAGACCAUCACCAUCACUGUCGCCAAGGAGGGGGGCGGGCCGUCCACCAAGGACACAGCCACACGCGCCGCAGCUGCAGCUGUUCAGGCAUCAGUGGUGAGCAUGCACACGCCAUCCAUGUGUGUGUGAUGGGCGUGUCUGUGUGUGUCAGAGUGACGUCUUGUCGCAGCAGCAGCGGCUGUCGUCCGGUGUUGGGACGAUGUUCUACCAGGCCCCCGAGCAGCGGGAGAGCAACACCUACGACCAGAAGGUCGACAUAUUCUCACUCGGUAGGUACUGUCACACAGACAGACAGACAGACAGACAUACACACAACACAUACACGCACACACCUUCCUCGUGUCUGCGCCUGCAGGUGUGAUCUUCUUCGAGAUGCUGCAUCCGCCCUUCACGUACGCCUGAUGCAUCGAUGGGGGAGAGGAGCGCAUUCACACACGCCAAUCCGUGUGUGUGUGUGUGUGUGUAGGACGUUGAUGGAGCGCGCCCUCGUCCUGACGGCCCUCUGCACGUGAGCGACCUCGCACCAUCCACACACACACACACAUUGCCACACAUGUAUAUGGGUGUAAAUGUGUGUGUGUGUGUGUGCCUGUAGGCGCCUGGAGUACCCCCGAGGCUUUGUCGACACGGCGGGCGACGACGCCGUGGCCAUGCUCACGUACACGAAGUCAUGACACCGUGUGUGUGUACAGAGUGCGCCCAUGUCUGUCAUGUGUGUGUGCAGCCAGCUGCUGCAGCAAGACCCCUCCCACCGGCCCUCUGUGAGUGAGCUGCUGCGAAGCCCUCUCGUCCCGCCGUCUGUCGAGCAGCAACAGGUACGCACCAUGUGUUAAUGUGUGUAUGUGUGUGUGCAUCGUCCGUGCGUUUAUGUGUGUGUGCAGCUGCGGAGUGUGCUGAAUGUGCUGUCCAACCCCUUCAGCAGCGAGAGCGUGGGCCUCAUGAGCAUGCUCUUCGCACCGCCCGAGACGCACGUGGCGCAGGCCAAGGACAAGGCAUACUGGAAGUUCUUCCAGGUGCCUCGGCGUACCCGACAAGACCCCCCCCACACACACAUUUGUGGAUGUCUUUGUAUGUAUGUGUGUGUUCGUGUGUGUGGGUCUCACCAAGGCUCCCAGCCGUGUGGAGUUGGUGGUCCGAGAGGAGAUCAGCCACAACCUGGAAGAGAUAUUCAGGUGUGUGUGCUGAUAUAUGGAUUCAUACCUGUCCAUGUGUUAUGUCUGUGGCCCCAUUUGACACCAACAGGCGUCGCGGAGCCGUCCGGUCUUUUGUGCCGGUGCUGCAGCCCGUGACAGAGACCACUGCUGACCUGCAGGCACUCAGAUCCUUCGCUGGUAACCCCCCUAUCGCCCCAUAAACACGCGACUCCUUCUAUAACUUGUGUGUGGACGGAUGUGUAGACCGUCCGUCGAGCACCACCGCAGCAUCAGCGGCAGCAGCGGCGGCGGAGAGCAGCAGCAGUGUGCUGAGCCCCUCGUGGGCGCCGAUGCACCACUCGGCCGCCAUCCUCAAGUCGCGGCAGCAGGUCAUCGACGCCUCGAACACGCUCCUCCACCUGCCCUUCCAGGCACGUCAGCUCACGCACACACGUGAAGACGCCAAUAAUGCGUGUUGAUGUGCACAUGGACUGAUUGAGUGGGUGGGUGGUGUCUGUCUGUCUGUGCAGCUGACGCAGUGUUUCGCGCGCACUGCGCCGAUGGUGAUGGCGUCUUCCUCUCAUUCGGUGCUGAGGCGAUAUGCCAUCCUGCCCGUCUACAGGUACACGACACACACACGCGAACACACACACACACACACAGAGAGAGAGUGAGUGCGUCCACACGCAUUGUGUGUUUGUGUCAUCUACUCGUGGACAGGGAGCCCCCACCGCAGCCACGUGCGCCCGAGCUGCCCGGCGCGUUUGCCGAGGAAUACAGCGAAUACGGAUACCCCAAAGAGCACCUCGCAGCAAUGUAUGUAUCUAGCCGCUCCCCCCCAACAGAUAGUCACACGCGCAAGACAUGACAUCCAUGUGUGUGUGUGUGGUCCAUUUGAUUUGUAGGUAUGAGGUGCUGUUGGGGCCGUCCGAGCUGUUCACGAGCGACGCUUUGGUGCCGACUGUGCCAAGCCGGAACACCACACAGAUGGACUCCUCCUCCGAGAGCCACGCCGACGACCACAGACAGCUCAUCACCGCCGAACAACGGGCACUCAUUCUGCUGCAGGUGAGGACCAUAUACAACUCAUCCAUCCAUCAAGGGGCAUACGUGUCUCUGUUCGUGUGUGUGUGCGUGUGUGUGUGUGUGUGCGUGCAGGCCGAAGUAGUGGAGACGCUUGUCGAGGCGCUGAGUGCGCAUGCGGCGACGCUUGGCCGCGUGGAGCUGAGGUGGACCAACGGGCACCUCCUAGAGGCUUUCCUGGAGGAGACCUGCAGGGUACCCACACACACAUAGACACAGACACACGUGUGUUGAUACAUCCAUCAGUGUCUUGUGUGGUGGUGGUGGUGGUGGUGGCUGUGUGGUGGUGUCAGUUCCCGCGUGAUCGUGUCCCGGAGGUGAUCAAGUGGCUGCGGCACAGCACCUCCACACCCACUUACACACAGCUCAAGGAAAAACUCCAGGUGCGGUAGAGAUGGAUGGAUGGAUGUGUCCACUGACUGGGUGUGUGUGGUGUGUGUGGUGUGUGUCCAGAGCAUCCUGCCGUCCACUGCCAGCGUCAAGCUGCCGGCUCAGUAUCUCACGCGUGUCCUGCACAGACGGGGGAGCACUGAAGGUAUGUGCAUCAACGACACACACACAUAUAAACACACAAAGGCUGUUUGUUGUGGAUGCCCCACACAUACAGAUCUGCUGUCCGAGAUCGAGUCGUUGUCUCGCUCAUCUCACGACCACGCCAUGCACGACACGCUGCCGCCCCUCCCGCCAUCACACCGAACGCACCCCCACCUCACACACAGGUAUGGCCCCAUACACACAGACACACAUACACACAUACACACACACGAUGGGGCAUGUAUGUAUGUGUGGGCGCAGGAAGCCCUCGAGCACGGCUCAGUCGUCGCCCCGCACGAGUGGCGGCGAGGUCAAGGAGAAGGAGAGCAGCGUGCCGAGAGUUCUCCUCCUCUGCGCACAGGUACACCGACACCCACAUAAUACCACCACCUGCACACGUCAACACAGGUCACCUGUGUGCGUGUGUAGAUCCGGUUGUUCCUGGAGGUGUGUUCGUUGCUGGAGGUGCGUCAGCGGGUCGACCUGACGUUCGACCUGCUCCUAGACUUCGACGCGUGGCUCUACGACGAGGUAUCUCGCACCGAAUACGCACCCUCUCGAUGUGAGUGAGUGUGUCACGCUCGUGUCAAUGGUUGGUGCGUGCAGACAUUCGCGUUCUUCGGCACGGUGUCUGGCGGGGACAUCAUUGCCUCAGGCGGCAGAUACGACCAGCUCAUCGACAGACUGCAGAAAGGACGGUAAGCAGACCACAUCAACUGAUCUGUCCACUCAUCCAUGUGUAUCCAUCUGUGUGUGUGUGUCUGUCGGGGGGCACGUGCAGCUUGGGUCGGUCCUACAACAUGUCAGAGUGGCCGCGGCUGUCCGCCAUUGGCUUCGAGAUCGCCCUCGAGAAGGUCAUCAGGGCUGCCAUGCAGGUACUUCCACAUAUAGACACGAAUCGACCUGCGCGUGUGCCGUGUGUGGAUGGAUGUGUGUGUGGGUGUUUUGUGUGUAGGCGGAGAGCCGUCCACGCCACGCUCGGCCGCGCAAGGGCCAGGGCGGCCGACUCGCGCAGACAUACAGAUACUCGGAUGCCAACGCCCCACAGGUCAUCAUCGUCUUCCUGCGCGACGAGUCAUCCCUUCUGUUUGGAGCCAUGCACCUGGCAAAGGAGCUACGGAAGCUAGGUCGGUCGAGUGGGCAUGCAGACACACAUAGACACGUGCAGCUACACCGUAUGUGUGUGUGGGUGGCUUCCCAGGUAUCCGUGCUGAGUUUCGGCUGACGCCCGUGUCGCAGAGCGGCGAUGUGUACGAGAAGGCCAAGCUCAACACGGUCGUCCAGUGGCUCGUCCUGCUCAAACACAAGCAGGUUUGUACGCUUUCUCUCCCCCCUCCCCCCUCCCUCACACACACGAGCAUCAAUAUCUGUCUCUGUGUGUGUGUGUGUGUGUGUUUGUGAUGCAGACGAGUACAUUGGCUCAGCAGAGGGAAGGGGGCGACCUGCGUUAUGUGCUGAAGCCCUGCAAGAGGGCUGGCGAGGGCGGCGCGGGGGAGGGGGUCGAGCCGAUGUCCAACAAACAGGACGACAGACGGGUACGUAUGUCAGAACAAGAUGUCGAUCCACGCGCACACACAAGGAAAGCGAUGAAUGUCUCUGUGUGUAUGUCAGGAGUUCGACAGCUGCCAGGACACGGUGAACUUCCUGGUGCAUCACACGAGACACCCCAAGGCCAUCACCUACUGGUGACUCAUUCACGAGGACCUGAUGUGACGGACUCCAUCCAUCCAUCCAUCCCUACUGAUGUGGCAUUCAUUCUCGAAGCCGCCCUGGUUGGUUGGAGCACCUCUCAUGAGCUGUGAGGCGCUGUGACAAGGGGGGCCUUAAGUACGCCACAGCAGACGGUCAGAGAGGCGAAAAGACGAGAGAAACGAGCGAGUUGUGUCCGUAGUUAGCUAUCUGUUUAUCGGUGUGUUGUGAUUCGGGCAUGGGUGCUUGUGAUGCGAUCGAGUGGUGAUGCUCGUGUACAGUACAGCUAGAGAGACAGCCUGCUAUGCUACGGGCAGCGUAUGCGCUUCCAGAUUGAAGCGACCGAAUAAAUUCACGUCGGUGGGUCGUCUGUCUGUGUGUUAUUUGUCACUUUAUCUAUCGGGACGAGGCGAACACUCGCUUACACGAGUACGGUACGAGUGUGUGUGUACGUAUGUGUGUGGGAUGGAUGGAUGGAUGGAUGGGAAAAUGGUUUGGUUCGGUUCAACACCACCUAUUUGUUGCCAUACUUGAUUAUACAUACACACACAGAUGGAUAGGAUACACACAUACAUACAUGGGUGUCUGUGUCAAUUGGGGACAUAAAUACAAAAAACGGCGUGGAGGGAUAGCUAGCUAAAGAUGGAUGGGAUAUAUGGGUGGGUACACUUAUUGGAAGCGGCGCGCUUUGGCA